AUGGAUGUCGGUAUGGCCCUAGAAAAUUUGACCUAUGCUGUGAAUGUCACAGACGACGAUGGAAUAUUCCUGUACUCUAACAACACCACGGCCAGUGCCGAGAUGUAUCCCAGCACGCUUUCCAGCACCAAUGACAGCACCAUCGAUGCUUUACCUACGUCCGCUUCUCCCCAACCAACGCAGGGUUUCAUUGUUGGCGUGGCAAUGGUCAUGGGUCUUCUGGCCUUGGUGGGAACUUCGCUGAACGGAACCGUGAUCUUCGCUGUGGGGUUCAACAAAAGGCUCCGCACUGCCACCGGCUGGUUCGUGGCGAAUCUGGCGGCGGGUGACCUCCUAGAGACGGCUGUCUACCUGCCGUUCGGCGUCUACACUGUCAUCACCCACCGGGUUCCAAUCCAUCCCAGCGUGUGCGCCGCACUUGCCACCAUCGGCAUCUCCAGCAAGUUCACCUCGCUGUCCUGUAUGGCACUCAUCGCCUUCCACCGCUACAUGCUCAUCACCAAGCCCAAGUCCACCUACAAGGCCGUCUUCACCGCCAGAAACAACGUUCUGAUCGUCCUGCUGGCCUGGCUCGUGUCCUGGACGACCGCCAUCCCCUUCGUGCUCGGCUACGGCUUCAUCCGAACGCCUUCGAUUGGGAUUUGUGUUCCGGCAACCGGGUCUGUCUUGACUACUCGUCGUGCGGUGACCGGGACGCUGUACGCCCUGCCACUCCUCACCAUGCUGUACAGCUACACCUCUAUCUACCUCUAUGUUAGAAAAGCACCCUACAAUCCAGAUAACCCUUGUAUUCAGCUCCAGCAGAAGAAAAACAUGCUCAAAGUGGCGAAAAACCUCGCGUAUUAG